AUGCCGCGCACACGCUCGUCCAAGGCGAGCAGCUCGGCGUCGUCUGUUACAGGCGUGCCUGCCGCGUCUGCUCCUCGGAACAACCUGGCCUCCCAGGCUGGGGGCAGCGCGACAGCACGCUCGACGCUGCUUGGUGUCAUUACGCGUCCUCGACACUCUGACGCUGCCAUCUCGUACGACAGCUCGCCCCACCACCCCGUAGACGACGAGGUCAGCGACCAGAGCACGAUUUCCAGCUAUGCGUCGUCGAUCGGCACCGUCAACGGAUCCCCACCAUCCGACGAUGAGCUCGAGCGCAUGUACAAGGGUUACCUCGAAAAGCCCAAUGUGCUCACCCAGUCGAGCUACAAGCACUCUGAGUUUGGUCACUGCAACAACCCCAACUACCGCUACACGUCACAGUACAACCCUGCAGAGCCUGUCACGCCCGAGGCCGAGCCCCUGCCCCCAUACUAUGUGCUUUUGACGACCUACAUGAGCUACACUCUGCUCAUCUUGCUGGGUCACAUCCGUGACUUUUUCGGCAAGAAGCUCUACCCGUCGUACUAUGAGCACCUGAUGCCCCGCGACGGCUAUGCGGCGCUCAACUCGGACUUUGACUCGUUCUACAUUCGUCGUCUCAAGGUCCGCCUUGAUGACUGCUUCUCUCGCCCCGUCACGGGUGUUCCCGGUCGCACCAUUAUGCUUUUGGACCGCUACACCAACGACUGCCGCGAGUCGUUCCACCUGUCGGGCACCCAGACGCGCGCGCUCAACGUCUCGUCGUACAACUAUCUCGGAUUCGCUUCGUCGACUGGCGGCUGUGCUGAUGCCGUCGAGGAGACCCUCAAGCGUUAUGGCCCCGCUGGUGCCGCCACGCGUCACGACGCCGGCACCCUCGACCUCCACAACCAGGCUGAGAAGCUCACCGCCCGCUUUGUCGGCAGCGAGGCGGCCAUGAUCGUGUCCAUGGGUUUUGCGACCAACUCGACCAACAUCCCCGCGCUUGUUGAGAAGGGCUGUCUCGUCAUCUCUGACGAGUUCAACCACGCCUCGAUCCGUUUCGGUGUCCGUCUCUCGGGCGCCUCGGUCCGCACAUUCAAGCACAACGACGUCCACGCCCUCGAGGACCUCCUCCGUGACUGCAUUGCCCAGGGCCAGCCCCGUACCCACCGUCCUUGGAAGAAGAUUGUCGUCAUUGUCGAGGGUCUCUUCUCCAUGGAGGGUACCAUGGUCAACCUUCCCGCUGUCAUCGAGCUCAAGCGCCGCUACAAGUUUUACCUGUACGUCGACGAGGCCCACUCGAUCGGUGCUCUUGGUCCCAACGGCCGUGGUGUCUGCGACUACUUUGGUGUCGACCCCCGCGAAAUCGACAUUCUUAUGGGUACUUUUACAAAGUCGUUUGGCGCCGCCGGUGGUUACAUUUGCGGUACAAAGGACCUCAUCGACGGCCUCAAGGUUCGCUCCCAUGCGUUCUGCUACGCCGAGGCCAUGUCCCCGCCCGUUCUCACCCAGAUCAUUGCCUCCAUGGCGGCCAUUAUGGGUAUUGCUCCUCCCCUUGCCACCCCCGUCGACCUCGACGAGGACGUCAGCGAUUCGGUCUCCAUCUGGUCGCGCCACCAGUCGUUCGGCCCCGCCCCCCGCCAAGAACUCCCAGUGUGGUUCAGCCUCCCACCCAACAUGGCCAACGGCACCGAGGGCCGCGAGCGUCUCCGCCGUCUGGCGUUCAACUCGCGCUACCUCUCGUCUGGUCUCCGCAAGCUCGGCUUUAUCGUGUACGGCCACCGCGACUCGCCGAUCAUCCCCCUCCUGCUCUACAACCCCGGCAAGAUGGGUAUGUUCAGCCGCAUGAUGCUCAACCGUCUUGGUCCCGACAAGACGCCCAUUGCCGUCGUCAUCGUCGCCUACCCUGCCACCCCGCUCAUCACCUCGCGCGUCCGCUUCUGUCUCUCGGCAUCCCACACCAAGACGGACAUUGACCUCCUCCUCCGCGCAUGUGACGAGGUGGGCGACAUCUUGAACCUCAAGUUCUCAUCCGAGGGCCCCCACUGGCCCGUCGACAAGGUCAUCGCCAGCGCCGAGGAGCUCGUCGCUACCACCGACCUCGACCUGGUGCAGUAA